AUGUAUCAAGCCCUCGUGAAAGGGAAGACCGUCCAAGAAAAUGGAUACUCUGGCAAACUGAAGGACCAAAGCGAGCAUAGUAAACCACUACUAUUGUGCGGUGAUACCAGGAAUUGGGAAUACUUUGAUCAAAAUGCUCCAGAUAAGUAUGACAAGUCCAAAAAGAUCAUAGAGGUUUUCCCAGACGCGGCGAGAUACGGUGGCGCUCUCAUCCGCGGAAACCGCUAUCUCGAAGCGACACCUGGGAACAGAAAUCCCGGCUUUUGCAAAGGCAACUACGGCUUCACAUUCAUACACCAUGACUUGAUCACUAUUUGUGAUCAGACCCUCCAAUUCGACGUUGAAAAGUGGCCAGUGCGCGAUGGCGGUGAGGUGGUAGCAGACACGGAUCUUGAUGCAGCCCAUCUUGGUAGGCAAUCUCUCGUCCGUGUCAUGCUCCACGAGUUUGCGCACUACUAUGGCUCGAGGAUGGAAGGAAGUGAAUUAAAAAGGCAUACCUUGAGAUUUUGCACCAAUCUCAACAAAAAUCAAACCCGCAAUAAAAAUGCAGGUAAAUUUAAGAAAGAUGGCGUUUAUGUGCCCGGUACGCUCGGAAACAUGGGCCCACCAGCUGCAACCUGGACGGCUGAAACAUAUGCCUAUUUUGCCAUCAUAUCGUAUCUAGAGCAGUGGGAAUGGCCGAAAACGGAGGAGGCUGGACCACAAACAACAACGACUGGACCACUUCCAACGGCUUGAUGGAGUGCAUGAGGCUGUUAUCGUCUAUGGUUGUACUGCAAGUUGGACAGCUCUAUCGUCGAUCGCUAGUUAGAGAUAGUGUAAGCUUUGGACUUUUUUCUAUUAUUCUACAAG